ACCCUGCUCCCACCCACUCCGGGCCCUAUAAAUAGGCCCAACCCCGGGGCCGUGGCUCAGCUCUCAGAGGGAGUUUUGCGCCCGGCAGCAGCCUGCAGCCAAGCCCCCCUGCCACCACAACCAGCAUGGCCAGCGAGUUCAAGAAGAAGCUCUUCUGGAGGGCAGUGGCGGCCGAGUUCCUGGCCAUGAUCCUCUUCAUCUUCAUCAGCAUCGGUACCGCCCUGGGCUUCAACUACCCGGUGGUGGGCAACCAGACGACGGGGACGGUCCAGGACAACGUGAAGGUGUCACUGGCUUUCGGGCUGAGCAUCGCCACGCUGGCCCAGAGCGUGGGCCACAUCAGCGGUGCCCACCUCAACCCGGCCGUCACGCUGGGGCUGCUGCUCAGCUGCCAGAUCAGCAUCCUCCGGGCCGUCCUGUACAUGGUUGCACAGUGCGUCGGGGCCAUCGUCGCCACCGCCAUCCUCUCGGGCAUCACCUCCUCCCUGCCCGGCAACUCACUCGGCCGCAAUGGGCUGGCCCCUGGUGUGAACUCGGGGCAGGGCCUGGGCAUCGAGAUCAUCGGCACCCUGCAGCUGGUGCUCUGCGUGCUGGCCACCACCGACCGGAGGCGCCGCGACCUCGGUGGCUCGGGCCCCCUGGCCAUCGGCCUCUCGGUGGCCCUGGGACACCUGCUGGCGAUCGACUACACCGGCUGUGGCAUUAACCCUGCCAGGUCCUUCGGCUCCGCGGUGAUCACCCACGACUUCACCAACCACUGGAUCUUCUGGGUGGGCCCGUUCAUCGGCGGGGCCCUGGCCGUGCUGAUCUACGACUUCAUCCUGGCCCCGCGCUGCAGCGACCUCGCCGACCGCGUGAAGGUGUGGACCAGCGGCCAGGUGGAGGAGUACGACUUGGAUGCCGACGACAGCUCCAGGGUGGAGAUGAAGCCCAAAUAGAGGCGGCGGGGCCGGGCACCCCCGUGGGGGCGGGGGCAGGGGUGGGCGGCGGGGGGGCGGGUGAAAUCCGUAUCGCAGACACUCUGACAAGCUGGCUGCCGUCACUUCCCAGAGAGCCACCGGAACUUCGGGGUCAAGCCUGAUUUGGGGGCGUUCCUAUCACUUUCUUUCUCUUUCUCUGUUUCCUGGCCUUGGAGCUUCCUGGGGGCCAAGAUGUACCAAUCGCUCUCUCCCUGGAAGUACUGGAGGAGGUGAGAGAGAGGGACCCACCCUGCUAAGUUGUUCCCUCAGGUGUGAUGGGAGGUGUGCCAGAAAGAUCCCCCCCAUCCCGGAGUUGCUCCCCAACCUGCCUGCCACGGGUGCCUGAGGUUCCACCAUCGCGGCUCUGUGCCUUUGGGGCAUGGCCCUUCUUGGUAAAACGCUCUCUGCCCGCAAGGGGGCUUGGAGGGGGACGAGAUGCCAGGAGGUGAAGCGGUAGGAGCCAAGUUGCAGCCUUCAACCUCCCGGCUUGGCUUGCUCCCAGGGCCCUCCCCCUUGGAGGAGGAGGAGGGUCUCCCUAUCUUGGGUCCUUGGUGACCCCAUCCACAAAGUGGUAGGGACAGGGAGGGCUAUACGGGCCUGGGGCCUCUGUCCGGGUUUCUGUAAGUGUAGACACACCACAGGUUCUAGAAGACGUGUUCUAGACCAGUGCUGCUGCUGCUCCUUCCACCUGCCCUGAGUUCUUUCCCCAAGGACUUAGCUGUCUAUGCAUCCAUGUGUGCCUGUGUUUCAAAGCGGAGACCUACAAGACAGUCCAGGUUGUAGAGGGCCCUGUUCCCAGAGUGGGGGCAGACCUGGUCCCCAGGGAGCAGCGUCACCGGACGCCUGGAGCCUGCCGCUGCAGAAUGGAGGCCAUUUAGAGGGGAGGAGGAAGGCCAGUGUUCCUUAACUAAGCUUUGGUUGGUCUUUUCCACCUAUCUCUGCAUCAUCUGAUACUUAGUUCAGUCCUCCGCUCCCCUUGAGAGUGUUGACAGUCACUGUAUGUGUGUAUAUUUCCUGAAGGGCAUUUGGGUUGUCUGAAGCCCUGAGCUGAGCACAGAUGACCCCGAUGUGGCGGAGCCUGGAGUCCGAUGCCAUCACAGGGUCCCCGGAGGGGUGGGUACAAGGUCCCCCUCCCCACAGGCUCCUGGUGGGAGGCCCUGGCAGCAGCUGGGUGGCCUGCGGAGGCCCCCGUGUGACGGACCCCAGGCCGCAGCCUCUCCCCUCCAAUUCACCAGGAGGGGAGGGGCAGCCUGAGCUGAGGACGCUGGAGCUGCUGCAGCAGAGCACAGAGUCUGCUUUCGGGGCCCGAAUUCUCGGUGCAGCGUCUACAGGGCAGUUCCUUGGCAGGUGCCCCUGGCCAGGGCGGUGACGAAAACCCAGACAGGAGUGUUUGGGUAUUUAGAAGCGGCUGACACCUGGGAGGCCCUUAACGGUCGCCAACACUAGCAUCGUGACAUCCACACACUCUCCUCUCCAUCACCCCGAAGGGACUUUUAGCCCAUUUAACAGAUAAGGAAAAUGAGGCCCAUGGUCCCACAGCUAGAUAACGGCAGUGGCCAGGCCUAGCAGCCAGGCCACGUCUCCAGCUACUCCCUGGAGGGUGAGAUGGGCCUGUCUCAUCCCCAGCAAUUAGUUUCUGCCUGGGCAAUGGCCAGAAGCCAUGAGGGGUGAGGGCUGGGAUAGAGGGGAGAGGGGCAGACGCACUCUCCUCCUGGUUCCAGCUGCUGCAUACAUGGACGCUGCAUCUGUCUGCUCUGCAUAUGUCUCUUUGGAGUUUCAUUAUGUGUUAAGAAAAUAAAUAAAGGAAAUUGACUUGUAAGGUC